GUUCAUGACCUCAGUUCGGGUCAGAAAGUCAGAAUAGGCCUAGAUAGAAACCUGAAUCAGGUGGUGCCUUGGCCAAUGUUCUGUUAGGCUACCCAAAACAUGUGUUGUAACUGUAAAGAGCAUGACUGGCUUUCAUCACCCACAGCAAUGCACAGGGGUCAAAUUAGUGGAGUGUGCUGACCGUUGAAACUAUGUCCGAGACAGCAUGGGAGGAGACGCAGCAACCCUCAAAACAAGGGUUGCGGAUAUCUCCGUCUCAGCAAAUGAUUGCUUCCAGUACCGGUGCCCUUCUUACAUCACUUAUGAUGACACCGUUGGAUGUUGUGAAAAUCCGACUUCAGUCGCAAGCUAAACCUGCUGCUUUCACGAAGGGCCACUGUUUUGUCUACUGUAAUGGGCUCAUGGACCAUCUGUGUCCGUGCGUCAAUGGCCUCACCCCAUCAAGUCAGUGGUAUAAACGACCAGGCCACUUUAAUGGAACUUUAGAUGCAUUGUUGAAGAUUGCCAGGUACGAGGGUGUCACAUCACUAUGGAGUGGCUUGCCUCCAACUCUAGUGAUGGCCAUUCCCGCCACGGUUGUGUACUUCACAUGUUACGAGCAGCUACGUACAUUGAUGGGGUACAGAGAGGAUGUUCUCUCCGAUCAGUGGAAGCCGCCGGCUGCUGGAGCUGUCGCUCGUGUGUGGGCUGCGACCUUGAUCAGUCCCAUUGAGAUGCUCCGGACAAAGGUACAGUCAGAACAUUUGACCUACUCCAAAGUUUUCGAUGCAGUGAGGGACAUGGUCAAGUCUAGAGGGGUUCUUUCCCUUUGGAGAGGAUUAGGACCGACACUGUUACGAGAUGUGCCUUUUUCGGCUCUCUACUGGGGUGGCUACGAAGCCAUAAAAGCCAGUGUGCUGAUCAGUACAGGACGUGACAAAUUGAAGUUCUCUGAGAGCUUUUUAGCUGGAGCCUCAUCCGGAUCGGUUGCAGCUGUCAUCACGCUUCCCUUUGACGUGAUCAAGACCAGACGACAAAUCGAACUUGGCCAGACGGAGAUUCUGGGUCAACAGAAGGAGGUGAGCUCCACUUGGAGAAUCAUUCACAAAAUCUACGCAGAAGAAGGUUUCCGGGCUUUAUACGCAGGUCUCCUACCUCGACUGGCCAAGGUGGCCCCUAGCUGUGCCAUCAUGGUGAGCACCUACGAGUUUUUCAAGUAUUUCUUCAUGAACCAGAACCUGAACAAGGGGUCUACAAAUGGUUCCUACCCCGACACAGCAGAUGAUUCCAGCCUUACCACCAAGGAUAACGCCAGCCCUGACGCAGCACAAAACUCCAGUCUUUCCACAAAAGACAAAUUCAGCCAGGGCUAGACAUUGCUGGCAGUAUUGGAAGGCUGACUCGGUAUUAGACCUCGUCUCUUAUUCCCUGUUGACUUUGUCAUCACAGUCAAACCGUGACAGCCCUUCAUCUCAGAGACCCCUGGACAGCUUUUUUGUCUAAGAUGGAUUUAGGUGUUUUGUCAACGCAUUUACGAGUGUGGGCAAUAGCUUUAAUAAUAUAAUAAUAAAUAGCAUUUGUAUAGCACAUCCCCCCGCUCAACAACAAGCUCCAUGCGCUUUACAC